UCUCCAACACAGCGUAUCGCCUGCUACACUACUCGACAUGGCUUGGCCAUAUCCGUGAACGAAAACGCCUCUUCCACACUUCUCUGACGCCGUUCUGCAUUGCGAAUAUGCUGGAAGCGGAAGAUCCGAUGGACAUCGCCCCUGGUGGGGACCUGAUCCUCGAGGUCCGUCAGGAUGAAGGAAGCGGCGCGUUUUCGUAUCGCGUUGAGUCCAAGAUGCUCCGGCAGAACUCGCGAUAUUUUGACAGUCUGCUGAGUGGCCGUUUCAGUGAGGGCCAACAACUGUCUGCAGCGCUUGAAGCUCUCAAGAUAGACGGGCACCCCGAGAUUGCACAUGCUCCCGCAGAUACCCUUCCUCGUAUCCCUAUUGUCAACGUUGGGAGGAUAUCUAAAGUGUCUACGAUCCAGACUCUUACCGCAGAUUUUCUUAGAGCUCUCCACGGGCACGACCUCGCUGUCACGAACCCUCCCGUAGCCAACCUAGCCAACCUCGCAGUUGUAGCCGAUCGAUUCGAUGCCCAUGCACAUCUUGCAAGAUACGUUCAACGGAAGAAAUAUCUGCAUGCUAUUGACGCCAAGACGAGAGGCAAACCUAGCACAGGCAUGUCCGAGGAGAGGGUGCGGCAGAAGCUGCUGAUCGGAUUGCUGUUGGAUCAUCCACCAUGGGUCACUCGGUACUCUAAGCAGCUCAUGCUGCGCGAUUCAGAGCAGUGGAAACCAGACUUUGAGGCGAACGACAAGACAGCUAUGUGGUGGGACAUGCCAGGUGCAGUGGAAGACGAGAUGAUCCAGCGACGGGAGUAUAUCCUCGAAACCGUCAAUUCCCUUCAGUCGCACUUUCUCAAACUCUACACUUCUGGGGAAAGGCAAUGCAAGUUGGGCUAUGACUCUUCGAUUCAAUGCGACUCCUUUCAGCUCGGGGAGAUGGUUCGAUUCUUCACCAAGCUGGGCACGCUUCGAUUGCAGGGAACCAUUUAUGACCCUGCCGAACCCGAUCAUUACUCCGGGGAUAUCAACAGACUUUUGGAAUCCCUCCGCCAAUGCUCAUCUUAUCAGGUGGACCGAAACCAUUCCCACUGUGGCCUGCGAGUUAGGCUUCUUCCUCUGCUCGACUUGAUCCAAAUUCACCUUAGCCUGGACACUGGAAGCUUAGAUAUCGGCAUCUGUGGUGAAUGUUGGAGUCGCAAUAGGCCAUCGUAUGCCUGGUCGUUAGCAAAGCGACCGGUCUUGUGGACUCAGUCCAGGUCUUUGACCGGUAAUCGCACCCUCGCUUCGCUGCCCAAAAAGAAAGUCCAGACAAGAGAGCAUCAAGGAAGCCCGGGUAGCUGCCUCCCCAGGCAUCUUAUCGUAAGGGACAUGUUCAUGGCAGCCGAAAGAGAUUGGACUGCUAGAGACGCCGACAGCAUAUUAGCGCCGACGACGGAGCCUAAAUAGGAAAAAUUGCACUGUCAUAUCUCUGUUAGGUGUAAGGAGAGUUAAGCGAAUGCAAAUUUGUGACAUGAACUAUGCAAGCAUGUUAUAGCAAGGGCGGAACUGAGGCUGACUCAAGGCCCCGAUGAGAGGAUGGGUCCAGGGUUGAGCUUUCUAGAUAAUGGUACCUGGAGCUGAUUUGCAGCCUCCCCACGAGCGAGGCUGGUCUGUGCCUUACCAUUCCUUUGGGGUCAGCCCCUCAACCCUACCGCUGAAUGAAG